AUGCAAACGAAAGGUUUAUACAAAGCGCUUCUCGGGAAAGAAGUCGCACCGGAAGAGAUAGCACCGCUAGCAGGGGAUGCUUCAGACGAGCAGAAGGCCGAAUGGGAGGCAAAAGUUCAACAAAGAAAUAAACAAAUCGAAGAAAUUGAAGAAAGAAAUAAUACGGUAUGGUGUCAUAUUGCUUUAGCCCUCGACAAUAAUAGUCUUUUAUAUAUAAGACAUGAUUGCCUGUCAUCAGAUGGUGUUGGGGACGGGGCAAAGGCGUGGCGUUUGCUACAACAGAGAUAUUCCCACGUGGAAAAGCCAACUGUAGUAAGUCUAGUUCGUCAAAUUUCUCGAUUACAGUUAAAAGAAAAUGAAAAAUUAUCCGAAUAUUUUAUACGAGCGCAAGAAUUAAUGUCUCGAUUGACCGAAGCUGGUGAAAAGAUAUCAGAAACACUAUUCAAUGCCUUAGUUAUAAACGGACUUCCAGAGAAAUAUGAGCACUUCAUCGUACAGGAAAGUUUUAAUCCUGCAGCUAAUUUCACCGAAUUACGAACACGUUUACAAAAUUAUGAUGAUAGUCGACUACAAAGAAAUCAAGCAAAAGAAGAUAGUGCAACAGCUAUGUAUUCUGGAAGUACGUCAGGAAGAAACAAAGGUCCAAGCAAGCCGAAGGGAGAUUGUUUUGUAUGCGGAAACUCUGGACAUUUCGCCAAGCAAUGUAGUAAAAGAAGUUCAGCUUACUGCUCAAAGUGCAAGAAAAAGGGACAUUUACCAAAAGCAUGCAGAGGUUCAAGUAAACCUGAUAAAUCCACAAAAGAACCCAACUCAUUUGCAUCAUAUUCUCAAUGUAUGAACAGUGGUACUGAAACAAGCAGUGGUACUGGCAAACCAAACCAUCUCAUCGAUACUGGUUGUACUGAUCACAUCAUUAGCCAAAAGGAACUGUUUGAAAACUUACAACCUUGCAGCAUCAAAAAUGUUAAAGAUCCAAAGGGAAAUUUUACUCCUGUUGAAGGAAUUGGUGAUGUACCAGUAAAGCUUCAUCUGAAAAAUGGAAAAGAGGAAGAAAUGGUUCUACGAAACGUACUUUAUGUGCCAAUUAUGAAGUGAACCUGCUUUCUGUCAAUCGAUCCGUCAGAUUUGGACACAAAUUCGUAUUUAAUAAAAGUGAAGCAAAGUUAAGAUUAAAUCAUGGUCCACAAGUCGAUCUCACUGAAGACAGUGGUUUAUUUUAUCUGGGGCCGGUUGUACGAAAGGUGGAUAAAUCGCUAUCCGGCGGAUAAGUCCCUAUCCAGCGGAUAAAUUUUAUCCGGAGUGAAAAUCGCGUUGUACGAAGCUUGGAUAGCGCUAUCCAACGGAUAAAAUGCACUAUCCGUUGGAUAAAUUUAUCCGAGGUCCGGAGGUAGUUUAAAUCCACUAUCCGGCGGAUAAACUCAAAGUUUGAAGACAAAACAAUGUGUAUUUCAUUUAAAAAGGAUUGCUAUUGUGAUAGAAAUGGACAAAUACCGUUUGGAAGUCCCUUUCUUGACACUAUUAAAUAAACAUGGAAACUUACUUAUGACUUCUCUUGCUCUUGACGUACCGAGCUCACUUUGAGUCACUUGCCCAUUAAAUAAUGCCAUGCCUUUGCCAUAUUUUAUGCAGACCUGUGUCAGUGCUUAGACGUUACGUUUUCUGGCUUUUGUCCUUUUUUUCUGUUAAAUAGCUCGAAAACAAGCAAUAAAACUUUCAUUAAAUGAGUUCCCUUCAACGCCAAACAAAUAUAGCUGCAUAUAAAUAGACAACAAGGCACCGAAAAAUUUUGUUCGCUGGCCUUGAUCAGCCAAUCAAAUCUUGCGAGAAAAUGUUCUUAAAAUUGUUUUGAAUGACGUGAAAGGUCAAAGAACAAAUAUUCGGACAGUAUAUAAAAUAAAACUGAAUCAACGUACUGAAACAAGAAAACAAAACUCGCAGUCUUUGCUAUUGCCUUCGCAUAAAGAAGCCAAAAAUCUUUUAAAGAAAUAUCGAUAAGUAGAUAGCAAACUCUUCACUGUGGGAAAACGAAGUAUUGCAACGAUUGGACGAGAAAAACUCCAAAAUAUAAACAUGAACAAAAAAACUUUAUUGCAAGUUGAUAGUUCAAAGGUUAGUGGAAUUCACAAGUUAUACGAAGAUACUACAACAAAAGUUUACAAAUACCUAGCAACAGUUGACGUAGAGAUAAGAAAUUUCAGGAAAAUCCGGUUUUCUCCGGUUAAAAUUAAGGUUAUCCGACGGAUAGCUAUCCACCCUGCUAUCCGUGCUUCGUACAACGCAUUUUUAUUCGGCAGAUAGCUAUCCAUUAGAUAGGAGAUUUAUCCAUUGGAUAUGACUUAUCCACUGGAUAACUUAUCCACCUUUCGUACAACCGGCCCCUGAAGAUUAUCUUUCAAAGGUCCAGUGCAUGUCAUUCUACCACUUACAACACAAGUAAAGCAGCAAUCAAAGGAGGUAUUAAUCUGUGGCACCAAAGGCUCGGACACUUAAACAAGGAUGACGUCAAACGCACCAUUGGCUGUGAAGAUAAUUUGAAGGAAGUAUGCGAAACGUGUGCACUUGGAAAGCAAUCUAGUAAACCUGUACCGAAAGAAACGCAGAACAAGUCGCAGAAAGCUCUCGAACUCGUUUUCUCAGAUAUACUCGGUCCAUUUGAAGUACCUAGCCUCAGUGGAUCCAGAUAUGCGAUUACAUUUAUCGACGAAUACUCGAAACAUUCCAUCGUAAAGUUUAUGAGCAAGAAAUCCCAAGCUUUUGAAAAAUUUAAAAAGUAUGUAGCUGAAUAUGGAACACCUCAAAGACUGAGAACUGACAAUGGAGCUGAAUACACAUCGAAGCAAUUCAAGGAUUACUGCAGAGACUCAAAAAUAAAGCAAGAAUUUACUGUUCCAGAACGCUUCAAUCGAACUGUAGUUGAAAUGGGACGGUCUCUGUUAAUCCAAGCCAAGUUACCAAAGUGCUACUGGGUAAGUUCACAAGCAGCUCACAUACGAAAUCUUACAGUAACUGCCAAUAGCAACCAUGGAAAGAGUCCUUUUGAACUCUUUACCGGAAAACCACCAAGGCGCAACCACCUACGAGUUUUUGGCUGCACGGCAUAUGUUAUGAAAAGAAAGAUCAACAUGAAGAAGCUGGAUUCGAGAUCGGUGAAAGCCAAAUUUAUCGGUUAUGAUGACAAAAGCACAGCCUACAUCUUGCAAGAAUUCGACUCAAAAAAGAUCAUCAAAGCACGUAAUGUCAUCUUCAAAGAGAACGAAAUCCAGUCAUUCUCAGCCAGAGAAACGAUGAGUCCGGACAACCCAAACCUUGUGAGUCCCAACAUGGAUUUUGAAGAUGAACGCUCGAAUGACGAAGGCACAAAGAUACCGGUCCAAGCUAGAGUGGGGGGAAAUGAUAAGACACCUGUUGUUCAAAAUCCACAUCAAGUCGAAGAAAACCCUGAGGAAGACGAAGUCGCACUCCCCAGAGAAAGCAGAAAUCGUCGCCCCCCGGAACGAUAUGGAUUACCCUAG